UGUGUUCUUUUCCCCUUCCUUGCUCCCUUCUAGUUUAAACAUUUUCCUCCCAUUUUCCAGUAUCUAUUAUACGUUUUAGUCCUUAUUUGUAUUUUCAUUUUCUCAGACCAGAAAAACAAUGCGGUAUUUAAACGUGUGUGCCCGGUUUAUUUCACUUAGGGUACAGUCUCAAGGUGCACCCAUUUAGAAACGUCUAAAACAUCGAGAAAAGGAUCUUUUACACCCCCAAGAAUCAUAGAUUUGAGCGACUCCUGGAAAAGGCGAUAGAAGAGGCAGCGCUCAACUAUCCAGGUCCCCUCUGCGCUACGAGACCUCCGAGAACUCGAUGGUCCCAGCUUCCGCUCCGGGUGAGGGAGCCGCCUACUUCCGGCAUCCCAGGCCCGCCCCGACGCCAGUGGUGACGGAAGCACGUCGGGGGUGACCUCACCCUCCAACAUGGCGGCGGCGGUAGAUUAGGCCCGCGGGUCGAAGCAGCCACUGCCGCUGGGGUCCCCUUUCAGAAGCAACUGCUGCCGCCGCCGCUUGUUCCAUCUCUUUUGGGGUCUGACACAUCUGUACGAAGACCUCUGGGAAACUCUGCCAGGCAAAUCAAUGGCGUCUUCUACUACAGUGCCUCUAGGAUUUCACUAUGAAACAAAGUAUGUCGUUCUCAGCUACUUGGGACUCCUCUCUCAGGAGAAGCUGCAGGAGCAACAGCUUCCCUUACCCCAAGGUGUUCAGCGAGAUGUAGCAUCACAGUCUCUGGACCCAGAAGUUUUAUUACAAGUUAAAUCUGAAAUUGAAGAAGAGCUAAAAUCCCUGGACAAAGAAAUUUCUGAAGCCUUCACCAGCACAGGCUUUGAUCGUCACACUUCUCCCGUGUUCAGCCCUGCUAACCCAGAAAGCUCAGUAGAAGACUGCUUGGGCCAUCUUGGAGAAAGAGUGUCCCACGACCUGAAAGAGCCUCUACAGAAAGCAUUGCAAGUGCUCCUCAGCCAGCCAGUGACCUAUCAGGCAUAUCGAGAAUGCGUACUGGAGACUGCAGUUCAUGCCAGCGGCUGGAAUAAGAUUUUGGUGUCUCUGGUUUUGCUACGACAAAUGCUUUUGGAGUUGACAAGACGUGGUCAAGAGCCUCUGAGUAUGCUGCUGCAGUUUGGCGUGACGUACCUGGAAGACCAUGCAGCAGAGUAUAUCAUUCAGCAAGGUGGCUGGGGCACUGUCUUCAGUCUGGAGUCGGAGGAGGAGGAGUACCCUGGCAUUGCUGCAGAAGAUAGCAAUGACAUUUACAUUCUUCCCAGUGACAACUCCGGACAGGUCAGCCCCCCAGAGUCUCCAACUGUGACCACUUCUUGGCAGUCAGAGAGCCUGCCUGUUUCCCUGUCAGCGAGCCAGAGCUGGCAUACAGAGAGCCUCCCAGUGUCUCUGGGCCCCGAGUCCUGGCAGCAAAUCGCAAUGGAUCCUGAAGAAGUCAAAAGCUUGGAUAGCAACGGAGCUGGAGAGAAGAGCGAGAACAACUCUUCCAACUCUGAUAUUGUGCAUGUGGAGAAAGAAGAGAUUCCCGAAGGUGCGGAAGAGGUGGCUGGGGCUGCACCCUUGCCAGCCAGGGAGCUGGGAGCAGUGUUGCCAGGGGCUCCCGCUCCCUUGCUUCCACAUGUCACUGCCACUUUGUCACAGACAAGGGAACCUGACACGGAGGUGAUCUCGAUGGAGGAAGCCAGCCCUGCCACAUCUCUGUUUGUGGAGCUUGGAGAAGAGGAGGUGAGAGCAGCAGCUGUGGAGCCUCAGGGAGUGCAUGAGGGUGUUCCCCCUGCACCACCGAGAGCAGAGGAGGCCCCUGGCAGGAAGGAGAGGCCCAGUGGGGAGGCGCCCCCUGCCCGGGAGGUGCAGGCCUUCCCCGUGCCCGAGGGCAAGUCUAUACUGCUGUUUGGAGGGGCUGCCGCCGUGGCCCUCCUGGCAGUGGCAUUUGGGGUUGCGCUGGCUCUGAGAAGAAAGUAAUGGCUUUUUCAGAAGAGAUUGAAGAUGAGAAGGUCUAAGGUUUUAGUUGUAUUAGCUGGAAUUUGAACUGCCAGCAGCUGAUUGGACGUUUAUGGAACACAGAGAACUGGGAUGUCUGCUCAACACGACAGUGGCCUGACCCACGCGGAGGGCUGGCAUGGAGGGAGUGCGGUCGCUGUGGUCUGAUUUUCACCUCCUAGGGCCUUGGCUCACGCUGCAUCCGAAUCCUCGCUACAGUACUCCCUCUAGAGCAGGGCGUCUUGGCAUUUCGAUGAUCCCCUUAGAGAGGCCAUCCUAUGCCCUGGAGGAUGUCAGCGACAGCCCUGGCCUCUGCCCACUAGAUGCUGGAGCACCCAUCUCCCAGAGAGGAAACCAGAAGUGUCCCAAACAUUGCCAAAUGUCCCCUGUGGGCAAAAUCAUCCCCUAUAGAGGUCCACUGUUUAGAGGGAGAGGGUUACUUUUAAAAAAUGUGGUAGACAUUCCCAGGCUUAGCUGGGGAAUUUCAUCUGCUCUGAUGAAUGGCCGUUCUGCAGCCGCUCCCCCACCCAUCCCGUAGUGAGGGCACUGUCCCUGUCAUACCACCUCAGGUUCCAGACCGCUGUUCUUCUGCCCUCGGUCCCCUCUGGGCUAUGGUGAGGGUUCACCCGGCAAACACCUCUUUUACACCUGAGGAGCUCAAGGCUUCCUAUAGCUCCACUUUGUGGAGAUGCUGCCUUUAGGAAGCCUGAAAAAAUUAUGUAGAUGAUGAGAAAAUGAGACCUAGGGCUCCCUAGGCUGCACAUUCCUGGCUGCAGAGAUGUCUCUCUGCCUUAGAGGCAGGAGGGUGACCUGACGGGCCUGUGGGCCUCCUCGAGCCCUCUGGGUCAUGGUCACCCCCUUGCCUCCAGGGACCUGCCAGCAGCACCAGGGCUCAAGUGCUGCUGUCUAACCCAGGUUAGUGCAUUCUUUCCUUAUCGGCCUGUCCUAGGACUGGUCGCCCAGUUCUGUGGGUCUCUUACUACAUGGUGAGGAUUGUUGUCCUCGGACUUACAGAUUGCAUUGGGUCACAACUGAUUAAUUGUGCUCUCAUUGAAAUAAAAUGAUAAAUAUUUUAUCAGUUAGUCCCAGACAUCACUGAAAUUUAAAGUGAGAAUACUUUAAAUACUUUAUAGUGAGAAAGCUUGAACUUCAAGUGUGAGGCUCCUGGGAGGCCCCAGUUUGGCCCUCACUGUAGGGACUGAAGGCCUCUUCCCUUGAACGUGGCGCAGCACAGUGCCAGAGCCGGCAGCUGGGGCCCAGCCACUGCGUGCUAGUGAAGGGCAGCGUGGAUGUCUCCUCCACGAGGGUUGGCACCCUGCUCUUUUGCACCCACAGCUGGAUAAGAAGUCAUCUCAGAUUUACCUUAGUCCAUGUAACAAAUUAAUUUUUAGAUCCUGCAAUUUAUAAUAAAAAUACUUUACCUACCCUGAUCACCAGGACCUGA